GCAGGUAGACAGAUAGAGCAGUCUCCAAUCUUCAUAAAGAAAUAGCAAUUGAACUGUAAGAGAGCUCAGCGCAGGAGAAGAACGAUGCAGACCCUCACGAGGCAAUUAGGGCACCAAUAUCUGAAUCGAUCUCCAGCUUCACUUUCAGCUCUCAAGUCUCUCUGUCCACUCUCCGAUCAAUGUANCACAUUUCUGUGUUUUUUUUGUUUUUUUUCUUCCAUUUCAGGCUAUGGAGUUCAAACUCCGCGUUACGCAUCUACCCUCGCCACCAAAGGCGUUGGGCAUCUAGUUCGCAAGGGAACUGGGGGAAGAUCAUCUGUGAGUGGAAUUAUUGCAGCAGUCUUUGGAGCUACGGGGUUUCUUGGGCGCUACCUUGUGCAACAGCUUGCUAAAAUGGGUUCUCAAGUUUUGGUACCUUUCCGAGGUUCUGAGGAUUGUCAUCGUCAUCUCAAGUUAAUGGGUGAUUUGGGUCAGAUUGUUCCAAUGAAAUACAACCCUAGAGAUGAAAAUUCAAUAAAAGCAGUGAUGGCAAAAGCUAAUGUUGUCAUCAAUCUUAUUGGAAGGGAGUAUGAGACAAGGAAUUACAGCUUUGAGGAAGUCAACCAUUAUAUGGCUAACCAGCUAGCUGCGAUAUCCAAAGAACACGGAGGAAUCUUGAGAUUUAUACAGAUUUCAUGUUUGGGUGCAUCUCCAACAUCCCCAUCCAGAAUGCUUCGAGCUAAAGCUGCAGCUGAGGAAGCCAUUUUACGUGAAAUUCCUGAGGCAACAAUAUUGAAGCCAGCUGUGAUGAUUGGUACUGAGGAUAGAAUUCUAAAUCCUUGGGCACAUUUCGCAAAGAAGUAUAGCUUUAUCCCGUUAUUUGGAGAUGGCUCUACAAAAAUCCAACCUGUAUAUGUUGCUGAUGUUGCAUCUGCAGUUGUUGCAUCACUGAAGGAUGACGGUACCAGCAUGGGAAAAGUAUAUGAACUCGGUGGGCCUGACAUUUUCACUGUACACAAUUUGGCAGAGCUGAUGUAUGACAUGAUCCGCGAAUGGCCUCGCUAUGUUAAGGUCCCUUUCCCCAUUGCCAAGGCGAUUGCCACUCCUCGAGAAUUACUGCUCAACAAAGUUCCCUUUCCCUUGCCAACUCCUUCAAUAUUUAACCUGGAUAUGAUUGAAGCCUUGACCACAGAUACAGUUGUGUCAAAAGAUGCACUGAAGUUCAAGGAUCUUGGGGUUGCCCCACAAAAGCUGAAGGGCUAUCCAGUGGAGUUUCUCAUUCAAUAUCGUAAAGGAGGCCCUCAAUACGGCUCAACAGUUAGCGAAAAGGUGUCCGCUGAUUCGUAUCCAUGAGUUCAGUUUGAACGACGCGAAACGAUACACGGUUCUUGUCUGAUUUGCAAGAACUUUUUUUCCUUGUUUUUGUGUUGAUCCAAACAAGGGAGUAAUAAUGAAGUGGCUCUUAUGGGGAAAUGCCAUGACAAUCACUUGGAGGGGAACAGAAUUUGGUACCCCUUCACUUCUCUAACAUGUUUGAUUGUGCUUUUGAGUUGAGAUUUGUGUCUUCUUGGUUAAGAUCUGUUUGGUUUUUUAUCAUAAUGCACUUAAACAUCACACUGAAGUAAUGGUAG